GGGAGAACAGACUCAGAUACGAGAAACGCAGUGGAGCAUCUGAUACAGAUCGCUGCACGUUUGUUUUUUUAUUACUGAUAUACAGUAGCAGUGUAUGUAGGAUAAAGUGUAAAGCUUUAUUCUGUAGCAUCCUCUGCGGAGCUUACUUUUAUAUGUCCACUGUUUAUUUAAAUUCAAAAUGAAAAGGAUUAUAAUGAUAUUUGCAGACAUCUUCCAGUAGAUUAAGUUCCCAGUGGUGUAAAAACCCAACGUUUUUAAGGACACAAAACCGCGAUUUUGAGCAUACAUAAGUUGUGUAUCUCUGGAAUUCAGCACCUUGGGCAUGGCUUUGAACACUGAUGCCAGCGUUCCCACUGCUGCCACUUGUGCAGUGGAGGAAGAACAGCAAAAACAACAACCAGAGCAAGGGACCAAUCAACAACCAGGCACAGAGUCUGACCACACCCUUAACUCCUUACAGCCAGUCAAGAAUGAGCAACAAGAUCCACCCCCUGUCACAACACCUACUCCUGCCUUAGACCCCAUCCCUUCACAGGAAGACCCACCUAAAGUUCACCUGACAGUCAUCGAUGAGAAGAUGGAAACAAGUAAUGGUGUUUGCCCUACUCUUAUCGACAGUUUUCCGUCCGCUUCCUCUCCUCCUCGCCAGCAGCACGGCAAGCCUUAUCAUGGGCAUGCGAAUGGACGUGCUAGGCUGAGCAGUCGCUCUGGGUCACUGAGUCACGCGGGGUCACCUCGCCCGUCGCUCACCCGACAGCCCAGCACAAUCACUGAUGCAGGAGGAGACGGUUCCAAACCCAACGAUUAUCUCGUAUGGGCUAUUCUGGCCUGCCUCUGCCCUGUCUGGCCAAUCAACAUUGUCGGCUUGACCUUCUCAGUGAUGUCUCGUAACAGUCUACAGCAGGGGAAUGUGGACGGUGCACGCCGUCUUGGGCGAAAUGCAAAGGUCCUCUCAAUUGUUUCAUUGGUGGGUGGGAUUGUCAUCAUUAUUGUUACCAUUGUCAUCAACUGGGGUGGUGAGUAUCCUUUCCUUAAGUCCAGAACAUGUGAAAUUGAAUGCAAAAUGCAUUAAAAUACUCACUGUUUCAAAAGUAUAGUCUCAAGACAUAAACAAUAUGCAUGUUAACAUGAUUUCAGUGUAAGAAAAAUCAUUUAUUAACCUUUUCUGUGUAAAGUUAUAGCCAAUUUUACAACUUAAUUGCCAUAAUGAUGUAAUGUCAACAAACCCUAAAACGACUGUAAAAAAUGAUAAUGUAAACAACUUUACAUCUCAAAUAAUACCAGAGUUUUAACAGAAAAAUGAAUGUAAGUGCUUUUAUAAAAUUAUAAGCUUCACAUUUCUGCCUUUUAAACCCACUUCCAUUGUAAGUGUCUCACUGUAACCUCGAUUUUUGCUUUUUUUCAAGAAAAGGAGGGACGAGUUGAAAUAAUUUUUUGUGGUAAUCAACAUUAUGCCACAGAUGCUGUCAAGUGAGCUUAAUUAUUGUAUUGAACCCAUAAUAUUCCUUUAAUGUUUAAUUCUAUAUUUAUGCGUUUAACUCCAUUUUUACUCCAUGAGGUAAAAAUGCAGCCUCUUCAGCAAUAGCAUUUUCCUCUUUGAUGUGUAGUCUGGAAAAUUAUAUACAGUAUAUGAGGUUGAGAUUUUGAAUGCUGUUUCAACACUAGAUAGAUAAAUGAGGAAACCUGCUUUAAAUAUUAUUUUUUAAAGUAUUGCAUUUUAAAAGUCUACUGUUUUGAAAUCUAAUUUCUUGUCAGUUCUUGAUUUCAAAUAAAUGUGAAAAAGUUGGUAGCCCUCCAAUUAGAGUGUGUUUAGAUUUGUUGUAGGAUUUAGUGUUUAGGAGUCAAAGAGAUUUGUGAAUGUGUGCAUUUUAGGAUUUUAAUUGUUGUUUUCCAACAUGUUUUUGAAGCAAGUGUAUGUGUUUAAAACAAAUUCACUAUGCUUCAACAUCUCUCCUUCUGUUUCAGUAAUUCUUAAGAACUGACCGUCAUCAUGACACUCUGGAUCAAGAAAAAUUCACAUCUAAUGUUCACAAUCAACAACCAGUCCAGAUGACCAUUUUGUUCUUCCAUGUGUCUUUCAUUAAUAUACAUCGCCUGAGCUCCUGAAUGCUUUUUCAGCUUUUUUGUACUCAGUCUCAAGACUCUGAAGCUGGACAUUACCUUUAUCAUCUAUUGUGCCAGAACUAUCAGAAGCAACAUGGACUAUUUGAAUGCCUGGGAUCACGACUAAAGCAGCAAGGCGUGCAUGUUUUUUUGUUUUGUUUUUUCACAAAGGACUCCUCAUUGUAGAUGAUGUGAGUAAGGAGGCUACAAGGUGAUCUCAUUUCAUUAGUCAUGUACCCUUUCAGGAUAAAAGGGAAUGAAAGAGAUGGAGACGGUUUGAUUUUUGAGAAAGCUUAGAUGAUGCCUUCUUAACCAAGAAUUUGAAGAUCAGCUUAGCACCCCUGUGUUCUCAAAAGCAUGAAUCCAUAAAGCAGUGCUUUGAUUAAAUUGAUUGAAUAAUUGAUUAAAGAAUGACUAUUGAGCUAGAACACUAGCAGAGGGUGAUGGAUCUAUCCGUCCUUCCAUCCGUCUGUCCAUCCGUCUGUCUGUCCUUAAUUUUCACACACAGAGAAUGCACAGAUAUUGAGCUGCAGGUUACAGUAACACACCAAUACACAUAAGCAAAAAAUUAUGUGUAACAAAGAAUCCUACAGAGGGAGAGAUGAAAACAAAGUGGGAGGGGCCAAAGCUGCAGUCUUUUGUUUUACACAGAUCAAUGGAUAGAAAGAGAGAGAGAGAGAGAGGGAGGAGGGGGGCUGGCUUCUGAUGAAAAGAUACUCCAGAGAUGUGGAAAUGGAGGGAAUGCAGAAGUGUUGAGAGGGAUCUGAGCUGCUUCUGAUUGGCUGAUCGGCUGUAUGAGGAAGCCAAUAUUGUAAUGCUUGCCAGCAUGCCCUGCCUUUUUCUUCACAGCUACAGUAUGCUCAGCCAGUUCCUUCAAGACAGAAAACAAACCACUCAUUUAAAAUUAUGUUUUAUGACCACAUUUGAGUAAAAAAUGUUGAUCCAAAAUGUCUUAAGAACAGUCGUGUUUUUAUACCGUAAUAUUUACAACAAAAUCAUCAAAAUGUGACCUACACAUUUAGCGAGAACACCAGGACAUUUUUACGAUGAGGAAUUGUUUUACACUGCUAAAGCUGUUUGUUUGGUAGAUUGAUUUGUUUUGCUUAGCAGAACGAUUUCAUUAAUCAUUCCAAGUCAGGCAACACUGACUGUGCCAACAUUUUGACUAUGCCAAAAGUCCAUAGGAAAGCUUUUUUUUUCUAGCUAAAGUGGGUAUGUGUGUUACAGAGAUAGGAAAUGAGAGUACGAAUGCAUGUUUUUUUGUGAGCCUGAUCUCAUGAAAAAAAAAAAACGACUGUUGCGGCAUUUUUGCUAAAUUAUAUUACAUGGCUCCUUACAGGUAUUGCGGCAGAUCUGAGACGAAAUUUCAGUGUUAAGUUUCUACCAAACAGAUUGAGUUUUAAAUCAACAAAACUGACCUCCCAACACUAAACGUUAACCUAACCGAUAGUGUCAUAGAAAGCAAAUGUGAGAUAUAGAACAACCAUGUUAUUUUGUGGUGCUUCUGUGACAAUUUCAGCUCACAUGCUCUUCAGGACUCGUACCCUGGUCUUUUACAUUGGAAGUUAAACUCUAUCAGUUGAGCUACUGUGCAAUGUGUGCAUGAACAAGCUUAUAAAUGUAGUUUGUAAUGUAAUGCAAACAUUAAAAUGUAUCACCUUAAAAAGUCAUGCACAAUAGUAAAAGUUUUUGAUGUCACAAGAGAGCAUUGUGUGAGGAACAGAGCAAAAAGUGUUUAUGAAUGCAUAAUCUUUUGUUUUACUCGUGAUUUGUGUGAAAGGAUGUAGAAGUUGUUGUUUUAGCUCCUCUAGGAAACUGCUGCAGUACGUACAAUGAGCCAUAUAAAUAAAUAAUCCCUUGCAAAAUUGUAGGUAUACUAAUGUGGUUUUAUGAGACCAGGUUGCUUUUUGUGUAAGGCACAUUUUGAUUUUUUUUUUUUUUUACAGAUUACAUUUCUCUCAUUUUCAUGGCUUCAUGUCGGUUGCAGGUGUGAGGUUUCACAGUUUCACUGAUGUUUACAGCUUUUUUACCUUUUAAACUCAUAGACUGAGACAAAGGCAAAACCUUCUGUAGCACUUUGUAAAUGUUCAGUAUCUAAAGCAUCUAAUUCAGUUUGAUAUUAAGCACGCUUACUCAGGUUGAAUAAUGAGACUCAGCCAUUUUUGGGCUUGUAGUGGGUUUGGCUUGUGUGAAAGGGAGGGGCUAAAAUUGUCUUUUUGAAACAUUUUGGUUCUGCUCACUCCAUGACUCCACCAAUCAAACAAGAAUGACCGUAGCAUGCACAUUUUAUCAGCUUUGAUACAAACUGUGUACAGUCAGUGAAUGCCAGCUUGACUUUUUGUUCUAUUGAAUUGUUCUGCUCAGCUAUUUAUAUUUAACUUGCUUACACUGUUGAAAUUGAUGAUUGAAAAUACAUAUACAGUACAGUAUGUAUGCAUAGUAUAUGUGUUGGUUCAUAUUUGUACUGCUACCUAUGGUCUUCUCAUUGUACAAUAAGUACAUGGUGGGAAAUGGAAAUUGUUUUAUAUAUGCCAUUUGUGUUUUGCCGGUAUGAUUCUGAGAACUUUGACCUUAAUCGCAUGCUUACACUCUGAUUAUAGAAUUUCUAAGCUGCACAGUAUAAUUCUUUAAUAUAGUCUUUCAUUGAAAGCAGCCAAAUCCAAUUCUUUGGGUCACAAGUUUUACCUGCUCUUUAAAGAAUCUAUUUUAUUAAUGUCAAAAUAAUUUCAUUCCUUUUUGUGUUUAUAAAACACCCUCACACAAAUCCAGUCCUAUUUUGGUGAAAGCACCUGUGCUUGUCAAGACGUUUCCUCUGUGAACUGAAUUGUUUUCUUGAGAUUUGAUAUAAGAGCCAUUAUAACUCUUGUUACUAAUAUAAUCAUGAUUUUGUGCAGAUCUGCUUGUGCAUGCCUUAGUGUAGUUCCAAAGCAAUUCAUUAUGUAAUGUACACUGUAUCUGAAGUGAGGCGUUUGAUAGAUCUUGCAGUACUGACCCUUAUUCUGCUCUGUACUGACAUUGAUUAUGCAUCAAUAAGCCCAGUGAAUAAACUGUCUCUCAUUAUGCCA